AGUUACAACACCCCGGGCAGUUGGAUGAGAGACCUUGGAGGAAGAAAGUUAGAAUCUAGAGCAGAAGAGUGCAGCUUGCCACCUGCCUGCCGGACUGAGCUUUUAAUGUGACUUAAAUUUCUAAACCUUAUGUAGGCGCCUGGAAAUGGUGGUGUUCAUUAAUGCAAAGAUUAAGUCUUUCAUUAACCUUUUUAAGAAAAAAACGGUUUCCAACCUAGAUGAGGAGAGUCGAUGGACAGUCCACUACACUGCUCCAUGGCACCAGCAGGAGAAUGUGUUCCUUCCCACCACAAGACCCCCUUGUGUUGAAGACCUACACCGCCAAGCCAAGCUCAACCUCAAAUCAGUAUUGAGGGAAUGUGAUAAACUGAGGCGGGAUGGCUACCGAAGUUCUCAGUACUACUCUCAGGGACCCACUUUUGCAGCCAAUUCUAGCCCACUCUGCGAAGAUUAUCAAGAUGAGGAUGCAGAAACAGAUCCAAAGUGUUCUCUUUCUUCAUCAGAAGAAAGACUUAUUGGCAUCAGAAGACCUAAAACGCCAACCUCAGGUGACUACUCUGACCUUAACACUCAGACCAACUGGACCAAGUCACUGCCACUGCCAACACCAGAAGAGAAGAUGCGCCAGCAAGCCCAAACGGUCCAGGCUGACGUGGUGCCUAUUAACAUAACUGGGGAGAAUUUCGAUCGCCAGGCCAGCCUUCGGCGGUCUCUAAUUUACACAGACACUCUGGUAAGACGACCGAAGAAAGUCAAAAGGAGAAAGACUAUUACAGGAGUCCCAGACAACAUUCAGAAGGAGCUAGCAUUGGGCACUGGCCAAGAUGAUGUUGGUGGCCACUCAGUGUACACCCCAGACCACUACUCCACGCUAGGAAGGCUUGAUAGCUGCCGGUCUGCUGGGCCGCGCUCAGAAACCAGGGACUCCAGCUGUCAGACUGAGGACAUGAAAGUUGUACCUCCUUCCAUGAGAAGAAUCAGGGCGUAUAAGGGGCUUGGCAUUGCUGCCCAGAUGAGCCACUUCUCAGGCUCCUCGGGCAACAUGUCUGUGCUGAGUGACUCGGCGGGUAUUGUGGGCCCUUCCCGUCUCAACAACGAUGCUGGCUUCCACAGUCUUCCACGUUCUGCAGCCAGAGUGAACGCUCACUCCCUGGAGUCAAGACUGGGUGCCCUGGGCCCUACAGAAGACAUGGAGGGCACUUUCCGCUACCAGAGGGCUCACUCACAAGGAGAUGAAAACUUAGGACAUUUAGGAGGUGCCUCCAGGACAGGGCCACUUUUGAGGCCCAAAUCCCAGGAGCUGAGGCACUUUGAGAGUGAAAACAUAACCAGCCCAGCAUGUGUGGUUUCUCCUCAUGCGACCUACUCUACCAGCAUCAUCCCAAAUGCCACACUCUUGUCCUCUUCAGAGGUCAUUGUUAUUCACACUGCUCAGAGUGCAGGGCAGCUGGACAGUAAAAUGACCGGCUCAUCCUCAUACUCCAAGAUGAAAUCCAGAGACCACCUCGUCUCUAGACACGCUGUGAAAGAGGAUCAUCAGGCCCCUAGUCACCACUGGGGUGAGGGACAUCCUUCCAUGGCCUUAGAUAAUCAUUCUCCUGGUGCUACCACUAUGUUGUCCCUCUGUGAUUCGGAGGUUUCACUAAAUGCCCCAGCAGAUAGGGAGAAUGGGUCCCGAGCCAUGCCCUAUAAUUAUAGAAACAGCCUGAGCUUCCCGGGUCACCCCCAGGAUGUGGAUGGGAAGAGUGAAUCUAGUUAUUCAGGGGAGAGAGGGCAUGGCAGCUCAGAGCCUUGGGAAUACAAAACCUCUGACAACGGGCGGGCAUCUCCACUGAAGCCACAUUUGGCCACUCCUGGUUACUCCACCCCCACAAGUAACAUGAGUAGCUGCAGUUUAGACCAAACAUCCAUCAAAGAGGAUGCCAGGUCCUUGUAUUCAGAAGAUCACGACGGCUACUCCACAUCCAUACACGGUGACCCUGGACGUGGGUCUGGGAAUCUGUGCAGUAGCAGCGAUGGCUUUGGGAAUCCCAGGCACAGCGUGGUCAAUGUUUUCGAUGGAAAGUCUCAGAAAAGCCAAGGUGACCGGCCACAUUACCAUGACAAAACAUUUUCUAGAAACAUCUCUUUGAAGAAAGCAAAGAAACCUCCCCUGCCACCCUCCAGGACGGACUCUCUCCGCAGGAUCCCGAAGAAGACCCAGACUAAUGGGCAGGUGCUCAACGAGAGCCUCAUUGCCACACUUCAGCACUCGCUGCAGCUGAGCCUCCCAGGCAAGGGCAGCAGCUCACCCUCACAGAGCCCCUGCAGUGACUUUGAGGAGCCCUGGCUGCCUCGUUCCCGGAGCCAGAGCACAGUCAGCGCUGGCAGCAGCAUGACCUCUGCCACCAACCCCAAUGUCUACUCCCUGUGCGGGGUCACACCCUCACAGAGCGACACAAGCAGUGUCAAGUCAGAGUACACAGACCCUUGGGGCUACUACAUCGACUACACAGGCAUGCAAGAAGACCCGGGGAACCCAGCAGGGGGCUGUUCAGCCAGCAGCGGGGCACCAACUGGAAACGGGCCAGUCCGCCACAUCCAAGAGGGGUCCAGGGCCACAAUGCCCCAAGUGCCUGGUGUUCCAGUCAAACCAAAGAUCACAUCACCGGAGAAGUCACAGAGAGUCACUUCUCCGUCCAGUGGGUAUUCCAGCCAGUCGAAUACACCCACAGCACUCACCCCUGUGCCUGUGUUUUUAAAAUCAGCGUCACCAGCAAAUGGGAAGGUGAAGGCCAAGCCCAAGGUACCAGAAAGAAAAUCCUCGCUGAUUUCUUCUGUGUCCGUGUCCUCAUCGUCCACUUCUCUCUCCUCUAAUACUUCUACUGAAGGAAGUGGCACUGUGAAGAAGUCAGACUCAGCAGGGUCCUCGGCCCUUGCUCCUCCUCCUCCUCCUCCUCCUCCUCCUCUUCCUCCUCUUCCAGCUCCAUAUCCUGCUGACAAGUCCCCUGUUCUUCCUCCCCCUCCUCCUUCAGCAGAUUGCUCCCAGGGCUCUCCUCUGCCUCACUCUCCUCAGUUCCCCCCUCCACCCCCAGAAGCUCUCACCCCCUUCGGCUGCCCCCCUGACGGGUGCCUCCCCCCUCCCCCCUUCCCUCAAGACUCCUUGGCUUCCUUGCCAUUGCCUCCACCUUUCAUAUCCAGCUUGGACCCCCCACCUGCUCCACCGCUUGACCCCAAAUUCAUGAAAGACACGAGGCCUUCUUUCAAAAGCUCUGGCCAGCUGGGGUCCUCCCAGGAGUCCUUGAGGCGGCCUUCAAACAAGGAGGAGAACAGCAGACCACCGCUGCCCCUGAUCACCACGGAAGCACUACAGAUGGUGCAGUUGAGGCCCGUGAGAAAGAACUCGGGCACCGAGGUAGCUCUGUUGUCUGAACCAGUGGCUCAGGAACAACGAGCUCCGACUGCUCCACAGUAUCACUUAAAGCCAUCUGCUUUCCUGAAAUCCCGAAAUAGCAUAAAUGAAAUGGAGAGUGAAAGCCAGCCUGCCUCUGUGACAAGCUUGCUUCCAACGCCUGCCAAGAACCCAAGUCAGGGUGACCAUGACAGUGCAGCGGAGCAUGGCAGCCCUCUGAGCCUUAGGCAUGGGGCUCCAAGUCCUGGGCUGGGCACUGAGGAAGCAGAGGUUCCACCUGGCCCCAGCACUGCCCCUCUCCCAGACUCUUCACCCAGCAGGAAGCCACCUCCCAUCUCCAAGAAACCCAAACUGUUCCUGGUGGUGCCACCUCCACAGAGAGAUUUUGCUGCAGAACCCUCUGAGAACAGGAGGGAAGUCUUCCGAAACUCCAUCCGGGCAGAGGAGGUUUCUGUGCACAGCAGAGAGGCAAAAGAGAGUUCUGCAGCCCCAGCCGGUUCUCAUGCUACGGACCCCAGCAGCUCAGUUCUGGAGGGAGGAGCUGCAGGAUCCCUGUAUCCCAGCAGAGUGGAAGCCAAUGUCCCCAUGGUACAGCCUGAUGCCUUACCAGCCCCCACGCAGGAAGAGCCAGCCGUGAACAGUGUGGAUGGUGGGGGCAAUGCGGAGAGCUGCCUCUCUGAACAGGAGGGAGAAGCUGGGGCACUGGAGACCAAUGCUGCCGGCUCCUCCUCAGAAGCCUGCGACUUCCUCCUUAAGGGGGAUGGGAGUGACGAGGUGAUGACCCCCACCAGACCCAGGACCACAGAAGACCUUUUUGCAGCUAUUCACAGAUCCAAAAGGAAAGUCCUUGGCCGUAAAGAUUCGGAGGAGGAUCACUCCCGAAACCAUUCUCCCUCCCCGCCAGUGACACCCACGGGCGCUACCCCCAGCCUGGCCUCUCCGAAGCAAGUGGGGUCGAUUCAGAGAAGCGUGCGGAAGAGCAGCACCAGCAGCGACAACUUCAAAGCUCUGCUGCUGAAAAAGGGAAGUCGCUCCGACACCAGCGCCCGCAUGUCGGCGGCAGAGAUGCUCAAGAACACAGACCCGCGGUUCCAGAGGUCCAGGUCCGAGCCUGCGCCAGACACCCCCGAGAGCCCAUCAAGCUGCUCCCCCAGCAAGAACAGAAGGGCCCAGGAGGAGUGGGCCAAGAACGAAGGCUUGAUGCCGCGGAGUCUGUCCUUUUCCGGGCCCAGGUACGGCCGCAGCCGCACGCCCCCCUCUGCGGCCAGCAGCAGGUACGGGGUGCGGAACCGCAUCCAGAGCAGCCCCAUGACCGUCAUCUCUGAGGGUGAAGGGGAGCCCGUGGAGCCUGCGGACAACAGGGCUCACCAGGCUCUGGACAGCACGAAGGCAUGUUCCCUGGACAGACUGGCCGGCGAAGAGAUGGACGAGGGCAGCCUGCUGUGCGACGAGGGGCCUGUCACCUCCAUGCAACCACGGGCUCCCGGGCGCACCAACGGGGUAGCCAGGACAGAGGACAGGGAUCCCCCAGAGCAAUGUGGGGGCACUGGGAGGGAGGAGAGUUAGGACCAGAUUGGGCCGCUCCCGGGUGAUGGGGGAGAGAGCCAUGCACCGCUCUAGGGAGCCUGAGGGGCCCUUCCCUGGCUUACUGCUUCCCACUCAGCGUGGGUGCUGUGGGCCCCAAAGCUGCGGGUCCCUUAGGAUUCACUGGCCACUUGCUGUUGUGGCUUCAAAGCAAGUAGAAGCUUAAACUUCUGAAAGUGCUUCCUGGGGAAGAUUUGAUUUUUUUUCCCCCAAAAAAAUGCUGGGUGUGUGUAUGUGUGUGCAUUUUGAACACUUUUUAACAAAUACACACUCACACACAAUACUGUACAGAAAUAGAAAGUAAGUCAGAGUUAAUAGGUAGAGUAAUGGAGUCUUCUGGACUAGGUGGUGACUGCUUUCAAAGCAUUAUGCUUAUGGAAAUGAGUGAGUUCCCUAGGAAGGGAGAAGUCAUUACUUCUAAGAAAGAGGUGGUAGUUGGUUGGUUCUUAAUGCAGAACACAUGGAUAUUUAUGCUCACCAAGGGGAGGCAGGGCUAGCCAGGAGCUGGUAAAGGCUAAGCAACUAACUGGUUCAGGUACUUUUCUCUGGGGGGGAAGAAGGCUUUGUUUCUUUUUUGUAAAAAUGGCAAAAACAUGGAAAGUGGCAAUGCUGAAACUUGGUGCCCGCUGCUGUGCAGCCACAUACACACAACUUUUAGAGCCUGAGGUUUAGAAGCGUGGGCAGUUUUUAAGUGAAUUCCCUCCUUGAGUAGCAGCUGAGUCCUUCUUGGAGAACUGAAGUGAUAGUGGAGACUUAGAGGGAGGGAGAGAGGAGAAGUGAGGGCAGAGGAGAGGAGUAAGUGAUACACUGAUGGAAUCUAUUUCCUGCUUAUUAAAUAAAGUUAUUUUUCAGAAUUAAAGUUGAAAACUUGCACUACAGAACUGUGGGUGAAGCUGUUCCUUUUACAAGAGUUUUGUAACCAGAGUUUAAACUUCCAUUUGGCCAUUUCUAUAACUUGAAAUGUCAACAUUUGCUAACCUUUGGAUAUAUCCUUUUGGUUACACCAAAGAAAAAAAUAUUGCUAUUUUUUUUUCCUUGAAUGCCUGCAGCAUUAUGUCCUAAUUUAGAAAAGUUUACCAAAAUUUAUUAUAUAUUAUCUUACUUUGAAGAAAA